AUGAAUAUCACAGAAAGCAAUGGAAAUAUCUCUAAAAUAGACUCAGGAAAAAUAAAAGAUAUUGACAUUGAUGAAAAUAUUUUCUUUAGCAAAAAUUCAUUCCCAGUUAAUGAGUCAUAUGGAAAAAAUGAUAAUAAGACGGGAACAAAUGAAAAUAUAAAGGAUGUGGACAUAUAUAAAGAAAUGUAUUAUGAAAGCAUUAACAACCCUGAAUUCUUUUGGGGAAACAUAGCAAAAAAUAGCAUAAGAUGGUUUAAAUUAUUUACAAAAGUAUAUAUGGGUGAUUUUAAAAAAGGGAACACUAGCUGGUUUGUUAAUGGAAAGGUUAAUGCAUGUGAAAAUUGUGUAGACAGAUGGGUUGAAAAGCAUCCGAAUAAAAUUGCUAUUAUAUGGGAAAAAGAUACACCAAAUGAUUUUAAAAAAAUAAGUUAUCAAAAAUUGUUAGAAAAGACAUGUAAAAUUUCAAAUUUAUUAAAAAUAUAUGGGGUAAAGAAACAAGAUGUUGUAACCAUUUACUUACCUAUGAUUCCAGAAAUAGUUUAUACCAUGCUAGCAUGUGCUAGAAUAGGUGCAAUUCACAAUGUUGUAUUUGCAGGAUAUUCUGCUGGUAGUUUAUGUGAUCGUAUAUUAGAUUCAAAAUCGAAUAUCUUAAUUACAAGCGAUUUUGGCAUGAGAGGAGGGAAAUUAACGAAACUAAAGCAAAUUGCGGAUGCAGCUAUGGACAUGUGUGGUAAUGUUAUCAAAACUUGCAUUGUUUUUAAAAACAAAACAAAAAUAAAUGACAUCAAUAAUGUAUCCAUUAAAAAUACAAUGAAAAGUCAGCUGUAUAAUUCUAAGAAUAUCGAUCUAAAAGCUACGAAUGAUUUUUUGACAAACGACUCAAAUCAUAUAAUUGCAAAACCAAAUGGCAUAGAUAAAAAUUGGUAUGAGAAAAUAAAUAACAAUACCUGUGAAAAUUCAAAAAAUUACAUUAACGGUAAACCCAAUAAUGUGGUUAAUUAUGAAGCCCUUAAGUUAGAAAAAAACUGCAUGAAAAAUAAUUCUUCCGAUUAUGUUUAUCCUUUGAAUGCAGCCAAAGCUAUUGGUGGUACAAAAUGCAAUCACACCAAUGACAAUAAUUACAAGAAUAACAAUGUGGAGGUCAACAGUCAACAUAGUAUCCACAGUGAUGAGGGGACAAACAGUAGUGAUAACAAAUCGAAAGGGAUAUAUACCCUGCAUAAGAAAAUUUCGAAAAAUAAAAAUGUAGAAAAAAAAAAUAUUGUUUCUGAUAAAUCCUAUCAUAACAACGAUAUUGGUAAUGGUCAUGACAAGAGUGUUCAUGAUGGAGAGGCAAAUAAAAACGUUGGAGAAAUGAACCAUUACAGUAGUAAAAAGUCAUGUUAUUAUACCAACUCAUUAAGAUGUAAAUCUCUUAUCGAUACAUCGAAUAAGGAAUCCUUUGAAGGUAAAAAUCAGCAUAGCAGCAAUAAUGGGAAAUCCGAUUUUGACGAGAAUAUAUGUACUUUAAAAGAAGGUCGAGAUGUUGAUGGUUCGGCAUUAUUAAAAAAUAUGAGAGCUUAUUGUCCUAUAGAUUAUGUCGACAGUGAAGAUCUUUUAUGUAUAUUAUACACAUCUGGAUCUACUGGAAAACCCAAAGGUGUAGCCCAUAGCACUGCCGGAUAUUUGUUAUAUGCAUAUACAACAUGUAAAUAUAUUUUCGAUGUAACUGAAGAUGAUAUAUUUGGCUGUGUUGCUGAUAUUGGAUGGGUAACUGGCCAUACGUAUGUUUUAUAUGGCCCAUUAUUAAAUGGAAUUACAACUGUUUUGUUUUCUUCCAUUCCAACGUACCCAGAUUGCGGUAGAUAUUGGAGUUUAAUAGAAACACAUAAAGUUACGCAAUUUUACACAGCCCCUACAGCACUUCGAGCAUUGAUGAAGCAUGGAGAUUCAUAUAUCGAAAAAUAUGAUUUAUCUUCUUGUCGAAUAUUAGGAAGUGUAGGAGAACCAAUUAAUCCAGAAACCUGGAGAUGGUACUACAAUGUAGUUGGGAAAAAGAAAUGUGCAAUUGUUGACACGUAUUGGCAAACAGAAACUGGAGGAAUUGUUAUUGCACCAUUGCCAAAUUUAUUCAAAGUGAAACCUGGAUGUGCCACUCUUCCAUUUUUUGGUGUGGAAUUAGAAAUUAUAGAUUCGAAAACGUUAAAACCAUUGAAUGGGCCAAAUGUAUGUGGCUUGUUAUGUAUAAAAAGCCCAUGGCCAGGAAUGUUAAGAACAGUUUUUGGAAAUCACAAUAGAUUAGUAAAAACUUAUUUUUCCAUGUGUAAAAAUUAUUAUUUUACCGGAGAUGGUGCAUAUAGAGAUGAAGAUGGAUAUUACUGGAUAUCAGGACGAAUAGAUGACACUUUAAAUGUGUCUGGCCAUCGAUUAGGAGCUGCAGAAAUUGAGCAUGCCUUGGUUCAACAUAUUUGUAUUGCAGAAGCAGCUGUUGUCUCCUUUCCUCAUGUUGUUAAAGGAGAAGGUAUUUUAUGCUUUGUUGUUAAGAAGGAAGUCGUAUUUUAUGAAUCUGAAGAACGAAAAGAACAUGAAGCACAUAUGGAAGAAUAUAUCGAACGAAAUAUAAAUACAAAAAAUUCAAAUGCACAUGUAGCAUCGAUUUCGAAUGUAAAGGAUAUGGAAACGAUUAAAAUGAAAUAUACAGAUGAAAAAAUUAUAGAAGAAUUAAAAUUAUCUGUUAGGCGAGCAAUUGGCCCUAUUGCUACCCCAGAUAUGAUUUGUAUUGUUCCUGAUUUACCGAAAACAAGAAGUGGAAAAAUUAUUAGAAGGAUAUUGAGAUGUAUAGCGAACGAUUUAAAUGAUUUUGGCGAUAUUACCACUGUUGCAAAUUAUGAAGUUAUUGACAUUAUUGUUAACAAAUUCAGGGAUUCUAAAGAGAGGCGUCAGACAUAG